GAUGCUCGCUUCUCGUUAUUCUUUGCGUACCACUGUGAAAGGCGGGUCGUCGACGAGAGUGUUCGUGUAACGGAAAAAAAACCUCAAACGAAAAAGAAGAAAAAAAAAAACAGUCGGCUAGCUUUCGAUUGAACUAUUUGCAAGCAACAAAAAAAAAAAAAAGAAUGUGUAUAUAACGGUAAAAAAAAACAAGUGUAAAAAAAACAAGUGUUUUUUUUUUUGCAUAAAUAAAAACGAAACAAAAAUUUCAACAAAACAGGUGAAAGUUUAGUAAAGUGGAAUUUGAGUGAGUGGAGAAUUAUUGCAAUAAGAUAGAAAUUUAUUCAUUCGAACAAGAGUAUAUCAUCGGCUCGGCAGCAUCCAUCGUCAUCAGUUUUUUUUUUUUUUGUAGUAGUUUUUGUAGAGGAAGAAAAAUCUCUUUCUCCAUCUCUCCCAUGACCGUCAUCACCUGAGGGUCCUGCUGCUGCUUGACGCGCAUCCUAGUUGAGUAGAGGAAUUUGUGUUCAGUUGUGCGUUGUUUCUUCUCGUCGUUGUCGUUCUUUGCUCUUCUUUCUCACUCUCAUUGGAAGUGUUAAAUAAAAAAAUCCAAUCAAAGUGCUGUUUCACAGAGUGAAAAUUUGUUCAGUAAUUUAUUUCUUUUUUUUUUUGAAAAUAAAAAUUUAUCCUCAUUGUGAGUUGUUUUAUUUUUUUACCAGUGUGAAGUUUUCUCCGAGAAAAAUGCUUGAGUUUUCUUAAAACACAAAAAAAGAUUUUGGCAACAAAAAUUCAAAGUUGAUUGAGAAAGUUGACAAAAUUCUCAAAAAGUUCCUUCCAAUCUCUCACAUUGUGAACUAAUUACAAAUAAAACACAUACAAAAAGAAACAUAACAUUUCCGUCUGCAAUAAUAUAAUUAUUGUGUGCUCCCAAAACUGGAAUGGAAUACGUUAACCCAACAUUCCAAAGGUGCUUGCGAUUUCCGAGUGCAUUGAUUGCCACAAGUUGAUUUUAGACGAAGUCGCUUGUCAAGACGGCAUUUCCUCCUAAUAACCAUUUGAAAUGCUGCUCAUUGUGCGUUUGAAAAGAAGAAAAAAACCGCACCUAGUUUUAACAGCAACAACCAGAAAUAGACGACAGCACAAACAACACCAAACUCGCAUCAAUAAAAUAAUUCACAUUCCGAUCCCAGCAUCAGCUAGAAGCACAACAACAUUAGAAUUACCAGUAGCAGCAGUAACAACAUCAAUUGUUCGACAACGAACACAAAAAACAACAAAAACAAACAUAACAUUCAAACGCACAACAGCACAAACUACAACAACAACAAAAACAAGGAAUUCAUAACCGUCAUAAUCAUUACACAAUCUAAAUAAAAAUACAAAAAGCCACAAUUAUUUGUGGGUGUGUUCGGAGGGCGGUCAUGUUUGAGCGUCGUCGCCCAAUCCUAGGACUAUUGAUUGGUUUGACCCUUUGUAUAUCAAUAUGGCGAAUAUCAGUGCAAGAGUCUGCAAUUUAUGCCACCGAAUUCAGCUAUGGCAGCAGCAAUCAAUUGGCAUACGACGAUCAUCGUCCGUCUCCAACUGCCUACGAAUUCAAGCAUAUUCAACCCGAACCACCAGAAUUCCAUCAUCACCAACCAUUGCAACAUCGCACAAAUCAAGGACGUUCGUAUUCAAUCGAACCAGGUCACCACCAACACCACCACACAACACCACUCAACUCUGACACAUCAGCAGCGUUGGGUGGUAAUAAUUUAAGUUUAGUUAGCUUCACGUCAUCGUCGUCAUCGUCGGCCACAGAGUUACCCUUUGACAAUGAGUCAUUGCCGGCCGACGACUAUUCAACACUCAUAGACUUUAGGGAUUUCAAAUUUCUCAUCAACCAGGUGCCUUGCGCUCGCACCAACACCGCGUACUUCCUAAUUCUCAUCCACUCGGCUCCAGCCAACGACGAGAAGCGACAAGUUAUCCGAGAAACAUGGGGUUCCGUCCGGAGUCCCCAUCUCCGACUUCUAUUCCUUGUCGGAGCUGUGAAAACCAACAAGCUCCAACACCAACUCGACGUCGAAAACACAAAAUUCUCAGACUUGAUUCAAGGAAACUUUGUAGACGACUAUCGCAACAUGACCUACAAACAUGUCAUGGCCUUAAAGUGGUUCAUCUAUUUCUGUCCCAAAGCUAAAUAUUUGGUGAAGACAGAUGACGAUGUAUUUGUAAACACACUUCAAUUGCUCGAGUAUGUUGACUUGCAACGCCAGCACCAGCGUCCCAUUAUGUCACCAUUCACUCCGCGUACCUACAAUGUACCUAGCAGUUCUUCAUCUUCUUCACCCGACAACACUAGUCAUAUCCUGAAUGUGCUCCAGCCGAAGAAUUUCCUCUUCUGCCAGCGCCUGGCCGAAGCACGGGUAAAGCGUAGCUAUCGCUCCAAGUGGCGCGUUAGUGGCAAGGAAUACGCUGGUCGAUAUUAUCCACCCUACUGCCCAGGCUAUUCGAUUGUCUAUUCGCCGGAUGUGGUAUUUCGUUUGUACAAAGAAGCCCAACAUUCGAAAUACUUUUGGAUCGAUGAUGUCCAUAUAACUGGGACACUGGCCCAGAAUUCAAAUAUCACGAUAACGAGUUUUUGGCCAUGGCGAAUGCAUCCGGGGGCCUAUGAUGAUAUAUUGAGUGGCAAGACUGAUAUCGGCCACUAUUUGUUUUUCUUUGCCUGGGCCAAUAUAAGCGAACGGCAAAUUCGUGACUUGUGGGCCAUGACUUUUGGUCAUUUUAAUUCUACACGUUCAAAUGGUGGCGUAGGUGCUGCGUCGUCGUACAAAUAUGAUUCCUUCAGGUAGUUUAGUUUAUUUAUAUUAUAUAAUAUGUAACGAGUAGAUUAUUAUUAUUUUUUUUUAAUUAUUUUUAUAAUUUAAUUUAAGGUUUUGAAAAAAAAAAAAAGAAAAAUCAUCCUCUGUCUCUGAAGGGCAUUUUUUUUUUUGUCUAAGUUUAUUUUUAUAUGGAUAAGUUUUUUUUUUCUAUGUCCGCUGUGAAUGUAUUGUAUUAUAUGUAUGUAUAUAUUAUGUAUGUAUUGUAUAAACUAGAACAGUAAAGUAAAUAAAAAAAAAGAUGUCAGUUUAAAAAAAAAAAAAUUUUACUUGUUUCUUGUGGCUCUGGCUAAAUAGUGUGGCAACCGUUGUUGUUUGGAGUUAAAUUUAGAUUUAUUUUCUAUUUGAUUUACAAAUGAAAUUACUUUUGUAAGAAUUGUAUUCCUUUUAUUGUGCACAUUCAUUCCAGAAUACAGGGUUAUUAGAUUGAGUACAAGUACAGUGGUUCGCAGAGUAUUUGAUAGAAUUUUUAAUUUAAAAUUUAGUUGCAAUCAUUUUUUAACAAGAAAGAAGAAUAAUGUUUUUGAGAAUGAAGCAAAGGAAGCUUUUUACAAGAAAUUUUGAUUUCAAUUUUAAGUCGAUUAAACAAAAAGGCAAAUAACAUCUCAGUUUAUUUGAUACAUUUUGAUUAGUUUUAGAAAUAAAAUCAAAAUAAAUCGAUUUAUGGAGCUUUCAACGAUAAGGUCUUUUUCACAAUUUUAAAGUUUUUUUGCAAGGUCGAGAUGAAUACAAUUUUUCAUCAUUUUUGUUGAAUUUGUUUUGAAUUAAAAAUUUAUUUCGGUUUUUUCUUCCAAAACUACUAAUGACUUUUACAGACUUUCUGUUUUCAAUGAGAAAGUUUUAAAGAGAAGAGACGAUGGUCACUGUGGCGUAUGUGUAACGUUUUUUUUUAUAGACGCAAUUAUUAAAUGUUUUAAACAAAUUUUUUUUGUAGAUCACAAAUAAACCUUUGGUGUGUGUUCACUGGCCUUAUGACAUACGCGUUGUACAUUCAAAAACGCCAAUUUUGUAUACACAGCCUUGUGAGGUCUUAGUCUUGAAGAUUUUAUUAACUGAAGACAAUUCUACAUGAUCAAUUUUACCAUAGUUCGUGAUUUCAAUCAUCCCCAGGUUCUUCUUAAUUUUUUUUUAUUAAACUGCAUAUCUACGCACUUUAAAAUUGUUAAUGUGAAUGAUAUUCUGACUUUGUGAUGCUUUAUGCAUUCAUCGUUCUUUGACAUUUACAACAUCAAAAUAGAAUGCUCGUUUUCAAGAUAAAAAAAAAGACUUCAUAAAUCACUUUCGCUCAUGCCACGUCGUUAAUGAUUCUCUUAGGGUACUCCGAUGAUGUAAAGUCUAGAAACUUACAAAAAGGCGUUUAGGUUUCAUAUAAUGGUUUUAAAGUCGUUUUAAUCUAUUACCAACUAUUACCAACAGCGUUGUGUUUUCAAAACUACGAAAAUACCCUUUUGAAGUAUGCUUUGUUUUUUUUUUAUUGAACUACCGAAAAUAAUUUAAUUUUGUUGAGGUUUUAAUGCUUCUGCAUAUGAGUUAAGCUUAAGAUUUUGAUAUUGAUCUUGAUAUUUAUUUUAUUAGCAGAGACUUUAGAUAUAUUUUCAGUUUCACAAAACCUUGAAGGCCUUGAAAACAAAUGUAAAUGCAUGAAAAGCUAUUUUAAAAAUUCGAGGAAAUUUGUAUAUCAAAUUCAAUUUCAAAAUUACUUUAUCAUCCAUGGUUUUCGAAAAAUUUGGGUAUAAGUGAAAAACGUACUACAUAUUUUUAAUUUAAUUUGAAAACUUGAGUGUAUGUAUAGCACAAAAUUAAAAAAAACUAUAAGCUAUUGCAUAAAAAGUGAGAAAGACUUAAAUAAUUUUAAAUCAAUACUAAAUUUAACAAAAAAGAAAAACAAACAUAAUAUAGUAUUCUUAACUACUUGUUUUUAUCUACAACGAAAAAACUAUCAAAAUUUCUUUUAAUCGUUUACAUUUACAUUAUAGUAUUUGUAACGUGCUCUACUGUGUGUGUAAUUCCAAAAAUCAUUUUAUUUUUAAAACUCAUUCCACAUUACUUUCAUUCCAAAAAAAAAAUUGUUUAUUUUUUUUUAUAAAAGUUCUAUUUUAUGACAUGAAAUGAUGUGAAUGAACUAUGUUCUCCUUUUUUUUGUCAGGCGGUUGUCACGCAAUCCUUUAAUUUGUAUGAAAUAAAAAUCAAAUAAUAAUGGUUUAAAAUUUAGAAUCCAUUAUUCUAAUCUAUCUUCCUUCCCUCUCAUAGGACAAGUUAAAAUUCCGCUUGAAAAAAGAAAGAAAAUCAAAUAGAAAUAAAAAAAAAAAAAUAAGUAAAACUUAAAAAUUAUAACUGAAACUUAUGGAAUGAAUUGAUGGGAAACAAUUAAAUUUAAUGUUGUCUAUGUACUUAAGUGUCGAUUAAUAUGUAAUAUUGUAUUGUAUAUGUAAUAAUCAAUCAUUAAAAAAAAAAAACAUUUAUUGUGAUGUUGAAUGUAUAAAACAAACUUAGAAAGAAAGAAA